AUAAUAUAGUGAACGCAUGAUCCUGAAGGUCAAUGUGUCGCGAGGUUGUCCCGCGGCCACGCCGGCAAGCUUAUUGACUCUCCUUCCGCAAACCUAAAUUAAUUAAUCAAUACUUUAUAUAAUUCACCGAUCUCCAUUUUCCGAUUAUCCUCCAUUUCCCGGCGAGAUCAGAGUCAUAAUCUGAGUGAUGGAAACCAGGCUCUCCGCCGCUCUCGGCCUUCCCUCACCGGAUGCCGUUUGUUAUCCUUCUCUUUUCGAAUUCCCCACUCUUUUCUCCAACUUUGAUUCAUUUUUCGCUGGGAAUAAACCCCCUAAAGAUCGGAAUCACUUCCCUCUUCCGUUUUCUUCACUUUCCUUAUCCACAGAGGAGCAAGUUUUCACCCCCAAAUCCCCCAAUUGGGUCAAACCCGUCUCUAGAAGCAACCCAAAAAUCCAAUCCCUUAUGAAGAAUUUGUCCGUCUUCGAACGGGCAGUCGUCGGUGCCGCUGGUGGUGCCAUGGCCGGCGCCUUUACUUACGUGUGUCUUCUUCCACUUGACACCAUUAAAACCAGGCUACAGACAAAAGGGGCUUCAGAGAUUUACAAGAACACGUUCGACGCUGUCGUCAAGACCUUUCAAUCCAGAGGGAUUCUCGGGUUUUACAGCGGCAUUUCGGCAGUAAUCGUCGGUUCGGCAGCUUCAUCCGCCGUUUAUUUUGGAACUUGUGAGUUUGGUAAGUCGAUUUUGUCCAAAUUUGAUUACCCUUCUCUGCUUAUUCCUCCAACUGCUGGGGCUAUGGGAAAUAUCAUCUCCUCAGCUGUAAUGGUGCCGAAGGAAUUAAUUACUCAGAGAAUGCAAGUUGGGGCUAAAGGGAGAUCUUGGGAAGUUUUGAUUCAGAUUUUAGAGAAAGAUGGUAUAAUGGGUCUUUAUGCUGGUUAUUUUGCUACAUUGCUUAGGAACUUACCUGCUGGGGUUUUGAGUUACUCUUCGUUUGAGUAUCUGAAAGCUGCUGUUUUGAGCAAGACGAAGAGUGACAAACUUGAACCGAUUCAGAGUGUUUGUUGUGGAGCAUUGGCAGGUGCUAUAUCGGCUACUCUUACAACACCUCUUGAUGUUGUGAAGACAAGGUUGAUGACUCAGGUUCAUGGGGAGGCUGCAAACAAAGUUUCAGCUGUAAUGUACAGUGGGGUAUCGGCUACAAUUAAGCAAAUAUUGCAGGAAGAGGGGUGGAUUGGAUUAACCCGUGGGAUGGGUCCUAGAGUUCUUCACAGUGCUUGCUUUGCUGCAAUCGGCUACUUCGCUUUUGAGACUGCGAAACUUGCUAUUUUGGAUCAUUAUCUUAGACAGAAGGAGGCUUCAGAAUUGGCUUCUGCUUCAACUUGAUUGGCAUUGUAUCUCAGAUUCUUACAACAGCAGGAAUGAACAUUUGAAGCCCUUCAGGAUAGUUGAAGCUGCUAAGAAAGACCUCAAAUGGACUUCUUGAAGGCAGCUACGUGAGGUAGGCGAUAGGCAUUUUUACGAGGUUUACUACGCAAACGGCAAUAACUUUUCCCUCCUAUGUGUAUGUUGAAGUAAUUUUUCUUUUCAUUGUCGGCUUAGUUCUACUUACACAAUUGUUGGUCGAGAGUUUCAAGUUUGAAUCUUGGCAGAUAAUAUAUAGUUUUGUGUAAUUUACUAGGAAGUUGAAUUGAUACAGAGAACAGUUUGUAUCACAGCAGAAUGUGAUUGAUGUUGAAUAAUAUAGUAUAUUGUUCUCA